ACUGCCAUCCCCCCCUCUGUCCCUCCCUGCCUGUCCAGAACAUGUCCCUGGCUGUCCCCACAGCUCCACGGCCGYUCCCGUGAGCAGAGAUACACCCGGAGUGCAGACUGGGAUUACAUCUCUGAGUGYGCCCGCAUCGCCAGCCCCAUGCCUCUCUUCGGAAAUGGGGAUAUUUUAUCCUACGAAGAUGCAAAUCGGGCCAUGCAGAUGGGAGUUUCUGGAAUCAUGAUUGCGAGAGGGGCACUCAUCAAACCCUGGCUUUUCACGGAAAUCAAAGAACAGARGCACUGGGACAUCUCCUCCAGCGAGAGAUUCGACAUCCUCAAGGAUUUCACCAACUWUGGCCUGGAGCAUUGGGGAUCAGACACUCAGGGAGUGGAGAAAACCAGGAAAUUCCUGCUGGAGUGGCUCUCCUUCCUGUGCAGGUACAUUCCAGUUGGGUURUUGGAACAUCUACCUCAAAAAAUCAACGAGAGGCCGCCCUAUUACCUGGGCAGGGAUUACCUGGAGACGCUCAUGGCCAGCCAGAACGCUGAUGAUUGGAUCAAAAUAAGGUAAAAAAGCAGCAAAUUUGGGUUUAAAUUGAUAAAAAAGACCAGGCAGAGCUCCUGUGGAGCCACAGGGUGCUGUUGGUUUUGUUGUUGUCCUGCUCUUUCCUGGCUGUGUCGUGAUUUCAUUUUCUGAUUUAUUUUAAUAAUUUUUUUUUUUUGGGACUGGAUGUUUCCAGCUCUACCAGAAGCAUCUGGGGUAGAUGUUCCUAGGUGGCCACUGUUGAUGUUCUGUUGAUGGUUGUUUAUUU